CCGCCGCCGCCGCCGGGCUCAGCGCGAGCCCAGAGCCCUUGAGUGCGAGGCGCGGAGCCCCCGGAGCCCCCGAACCGCAGCCACAUCCCCGAGCCGCGCGCCCCGGAGCCCCGGCCUGCGCGCCCCGCCGGGCCGGCGCGAUGCCCUCCGACCGGCCUUUCAAGCAACGGCGGAGCUUCGCCGACCGCUGUAAGGAGGUGCAGCAGAUCCGCGACCAGCACCCCAGCAAGAUCCCGGUGAUCAUCGAGCGCUACAAGGGUGAGAAACAGCUGCCCGUUCUGGACAAGACCAAGUUCCUGGUCCCGGACCAUGUCAACAUGAGCGAGUUGGUCAAGAUCAUCCGGCGUCGCCUGCAGCUGAACCCCACGCAGGCCUUCUUCCUGCUGGUGAACCAGCACAGCAUGGUGAGCGUGUCCACACCCAUCGCCGACAUCUAUGAGCAGGAGAAGGAUGAUGACGGCUUCCUCUACAUGGUCUACGCCUCCCAGGAAACCUUCGGCUUCUGAGCUCGCAGUAGGGGGGGUUGGCCUGGGAGUGGGGGGCCCUGUCAGGCUCUGCCCAGGUAGCACCUGGCUCCUGAAGCGAGCUGCCUCUGCCCCUGCUGGGCUGGGCAGGGAUGCGCCUCCUAGCCAGGGGCACCAACCAUGCCUACUCUGCCCCUGGGUGGAUCCUGGGCUAGUCAUGUUAGGAUUGCUCCUCUGGGUGCUGGCUGGGAUGGGGGAGGGUGGGGAGCAACCCCCAGCACCCCUGCUGUGUGGUUUGUCUUUUUUUUAGGCCCCUGCCUGUCUGCCCAUCUGUCCCUCCCCAACCUGAGGCACUACCCCCUGCCUGGACCCGCCCACCCCUGAAGGACUGGCCCCUGGCUCACCCGUCUUGACAUGGUGUAUGGAUCUGUGGUUAUUGUCCCUCUGCAGAAUAAAGAUUGCUCAGGCCUGCCUGGC